CCACUCCCUGCAUCAGCCGAGCACACACACUGGUCGGGUCAUAGUGUGCACUGAUCCGGACUCUGACUAGUGCGGCUUGGGAGCUGUCCAAAGACAAAGACAACGCCAUGCUCCUGGGGGACGGGAUGGACAGACGCUCCCUUGCCCAUGAGAUUCUCAGCCAGCUGCCCCUGGCCCAGCAGACAGCAGCCUGGGGGACCCUGGGCACCAUCAAACCCUACCUGGGCUUUGACGUGGAGAGUGACGUGCAGCACCUCACAGAGGCCAUCGUGGGCAAUGGCGCUGACCAUGGGGCCAUCCUGGACGUGCUGACCAAUCGGACCAGCGCCCAGAGGCAGCAGAUCACCAAGGUGUUCCAGGCUCUCACCAAGCAGGACCUGCUGAAAUCCAUGGAAGCGGCUCUGUCAGGGAACCUGGAGCGGGUCAUCGUGGGGCUGCUGAAGCCACCGGCUCAGUACGAUGCUCACGAGCUGAGGGCGGCCAUGCAGGGCAUGGGCACUGACGAAGAUGCUUUGACCGAAAUUCUCUCCACUCGAUCCAACCAGCAGCUCAGAGAAAUCGUGGCCUUUUACCAGCAAGAUUUUAAAGCAGACCCUGAGAAGGACAUAGCCUUGGAAACCAGCGGUUGGUUCAAGGAAAUUCUCCUGGCUCUAGCAAAGGGGAAGCGUGAGCGUGACACUGGGAUCAUCGACUAUGCCCUGAUACAGCAGGAUGCCGAGGCUCUUGCAGACCCAGGAGCCAGCAGCGAGGGGGCUGGUGAGAGGACAUGGAUAAGUAUCUUCACGCAGCGAAGCCCUGAGCAUCUCAGCAGAGUGUUCAGUCAGUACCGGAAAUCCCACGGGCUGGAGGUGGAGGAGACCAUCUGCAAGCGCUUCCGGGGAGAUGGCCAGAUGGCCAUGCUGGCCCUAGCCUCGGCGUGCAGGAACACCCCGCGCUACUUUGCCGAGAAGCUGCACAAUGCCGUGAAGGGCCCCGGCACCGAUGACAAAGUCCUGAUCCGUGUCCUGGUCUCCCGCAGUGAAACCGACCUGCUGAGCAUUCGCUCCGAGUUCAAGAAGUGCCAUGGGAAGUCUCUGUACUCCUGUCUCCAGGUGGAGACGAGAGGCGAUUACCAGGCAGCGCUGCUAGCCUUGUGCAGGGCGGAAGACCUGUAGGGCAGCUGCCAGCUUCGGAGAAACCCGCUGAGCCCAUUGGCCUGCAGAAAACGGUGGGGAACAGUGCACCAGAGAGGGAGGGAAGCAUGAGUCCGCCCAGUGGCAUCGAGUUCAUUCCUUUUAUCACGUUCACUCAUUUUAUCAUGGAAACAGCCAUGAGCUGCACUCAGCAGGGUGCAUCUACGCUGCAACCGGGGUAUGUGAUCACAUCCCCGAGCCUUGAAUAACAAGAGCAGGGAUGGGGGGCUGCCCGGGCAAGCCCUGCCCUCCCAGGACCCUGGGUAUUUAGUUGAGCGGCCUCCGCUCAUGCAGUGUUUCAACAGGUGCGCGCAUCACUGCUGUUGUUGUUGGAGCGAGCUGGCUAGAUCCUCGCUGCACGCUCUGCAAUCACACUUCCCCAGGGCAGGGCAGACCAUUUUUAAAUCAAGGUUGGAGGUUUUGCUAAACGUUCUGCCCUAGGAAUUGUUUCGGGGCAGGUCUCUGGCCUGCGCAAUCCAGGAGGUCAGUCUAGAUGAUCACAAUGGUCCCUUCUGGCCUUGGACUCUAGAAAUACCAGGACCUGCAGCCGUCCCGGAGCUGAGAAAUCAGGAGUGCUGCCAAUUCUUGCGAUGUUCUUGAAGUCCCAGCUCCAGGAGUCAUGUGAUUCUGGCGGAAUGUUAGCUUGCAUUUUCAAAAAAGGCUUUGUCCACAUGGGAAAGUUUUCCAGUAUGUUGUUUUUAAACUGAUAUAGUUAUACUGGUAUAACCUCCUCCAUGGACAAGCCUAUCCUGGUGCAAGAGGGCCAUUUAGCUACGUCACUUGGGAAAGGGUUUAAGUGAAAUCUAAUACACACCCCCGUCCUACUGAAAUAAGAGGGGCCACACCCGGGGUUACCCCAGUAUUUCUCUCUCUGGCUAAUUAUAAUACCUAGCUCUGAUAUUGUGCUUUUGUUCAGCAGAGUGCAAAGUGUUUUCUAACGGAGGGCAGUGUUCCUAUCCCAAUUUUACAAAUGGGGCAACUGAGGCACAGAGCAGGCGGUGACUUGCCCAAGGUCACCCAGCAGGCCAGAGCUGCCAUGUCCUCCCAGUCCAGCACUCCAGCUACUAAAACACUGCUGUGUAGACACACUCUCAAUUUUUAGCCCUUGGGCUGGUGGAAAGAAGCUUGAGAAUGUGACCUGAGGGCAACCCUCAAGGUUCAGAAACCGGGAGCUGGGGAACAGGGAGCCAGACUCCAAAUUUAUUAUUUUUCAACAAUCUCAUGAUUCUUCAGCCAUGCUUGUGAUAUUUGCAGGCCUGAUACCUGGUGUUUGAUCCCUUGACUUUGGCAACAGAGUGUCAGGAAAAUUGGUUUUGGCACCGGCUUGGCCACUAUUAAAAUUUCAACCUUCAUAACUGUCAAUCAGGAGGUGAUUUUUUUUAACCAGUAUAGUCAGACCAAUGGGUCAAAUCGUACUGUGUAUACCAGUAUAAAAGUACCUUAUACUGGUACGGCUGAUUCCCCUUCCCCUAUAGAACCAGCUAUGCUGGCAUAAUGCACCUCUCUCCUCAUAUAACUGCAUCCCCACUAGGGCCAUGCCUACCCUGUAGAUCAGUGGCUCUCAACUUCUCCAGACGACUGUACCCCUUUCAGGAGUCUGAUUUGUCUUGUGUACCCUCACUUCUGCUUACAAAACCAGACAGAAAAAUACAGUUCUGGAAGUUCUCUGCAUAGCGCUGGUUGAGAACCACUGCUAUAGCCUUCUGCCAGCAUCUAGCUGAGAUCUAAACAGCUGAGAGCUGCCCCUUUAAGGCCAGGGCUACCCCGACCUCGGCUGGUAUAGCUAUGGCAGCCAGUAGCAUCAUCCCCGAGCUACAGUGUUAUACCCCCACCGUAGACACAGUUAUACGAGCGUUGCUCGUUUCGCUGGGCAGGGCCAGUAAAAGUGCGGUUUUGCCAGUGUAAGCUGCGUCCGCACUAAGCGUGCUUUGCUGUUCUAUCACUGUAGUGUAGGGCCAAGCAGGGCCCUGGCUGCAGGGGGGGUUGGCUGCUUUAAUUAUACCAGGCUGUCGUUCAAAGUGGCACAACUUUCUAGCAGAGACACUUGUGCCUAUCUGGCCCCACUCACGGUGGUGUGGACUCAGAGUGCCUCGGAGGCAGGGCCGUGCUGUUAUCCCCCUCGCGUGGAUGGGGAGCCGGCGCUAACAAAAGUGACGAGAUUGGCCCAAGGCCAUGCGGGGAGGCUGGGGGUUCUGGUAGGACUGAACGCUGCUAGAAUCGAGCACUCGCCCUGUUCGUUUCCUGGAAAGAAGCCGAUGGGAGGCCCUGCGGCUCUGCUGAACUGAAUCACUCCGCCAAAAUGAAACACGCAUCAUUUAAAAAAAUAAAUGAUGAAACCCUUGGUUAUGGAAAGAAUGAAGCAACUGUCCCCUUUAAUUUUCUCAGCCCAGAGGUGGCAUGGUGCAGGGUGACCAAGGAUCCAGUGGUGGAGUCAGGAAGAGAACCCAGGAGUCCUGACUCCCAGGCCUUCUCCUCACCCCACGUCCCUCCCCAGAGCUGGAAACGCAACCCAGGUGCCCUGCCUCCCAGGGGUCAGUUGCUCAGUGUCACCUAAAAUGGUCCACUGUUGCUGCACUACCAUGUAUUGUUUUUAGGCAGGUCCUACAUAAACAGCGACUUUUUAAAUUCACCCUUUGCUGGCAACAGUGACUAACAAGAGAAGCAGCGGCUCCCGCAGGGUGACUGACAUGCUGGCAAAGGGGGCCUCAGAAAAGUUAGAAGAAAGAAACACAAAUUGGAUUCCUGGCUCACUGCUCAAAUCAUGUCAGUUUCCCACACCGAUGCGGUCAUAAAUAUGAAAGGAAGGGUAACCACCUUUCUGUAUACCGUGCUAUAAAAUCCCUCCUGGCCAGAGGCAACAUCCUGUUACCUGUAAAAGGUUAAGAAGCUCAGGUAACCUGGCUGGCACCUGACCCAAAAUGACCAAUGAGGGGACAAGAUACUUUCAAAUCUGGAGCGGGUGGUGGGGAGGAGGCUUCUCUCUGUCUGUGCGAUACCUUUGCCGGGAACAGAUCAAGGAUGCAAGCCCUCCAACUCUUGUAAAAUUAGUAAGUAAUCUAGCUAGAACAUGCUUUAGGUUUUUUUUGUUUUGGCUUGUGAAAUUCGCUGUGCUGGAGGAAAUGCGUAUUCCUGUUUUUGUGUCUUUUUGUAACUUAAGGUUUUGCCAAGAGGGAUUCUCUAUGUUUUGAAUCUGACUGCCUGUAAGAUUAUCUUCCAUUCUGAUCUCACAGAGUUGUUCUCUUAUCUUUUUUUGUUCUUCUAAUAAAGUUCUGUUUUUUUAAGAAUC